AUGUCUCAAGUAGAUAUCGCCAAGGUGGACUAUCACCACUUCAAUAGCAGUACCGUCAACUUCGGCCUCCGGAUCCCCGUCUCGCUGAGCGUGGUAACCCCUCUAGUUACCUCCAGCACAAUCUUGGAUGAGUUCUCUCUGCUCUUUGCCACCGCCAUCGGGACUCCCCAGCUGGACGCAAAAAGACAGGAAAUCGAGGAUACCUUUGUCAAAGGACGUUUGUGCCAUAUCUCUCGGGCUCGACUGAGCGGCGCCCUGCGUGUUCUCGCUAUCAAGACUGCUGAGGGCCUCCUAUCUAAGUUUCUGUACGAUCUCGAGGAAACAUUGCGACUCGUGGGUGUGGAUGGAGCCACCGGGGCGGUUGGAAAGUCUGAUCCCAGCCAAGGGGCUCUUACCAGCAUAGGGCAAACGAAGGCCAUUGGAGCUGGCCCCGGGAAUGAGUCUCAGCCCGACCCCACGUACCCUGGAGCCGAUAUCCUAAUCGACCUCGCAGCCGGACUGGUAGCAGCGGUGAAAUCCACCAACCUUGCGGCAGGUGAGCAAGCUGCUCAGCAAAAGCAUGCCGAGGAAUGUGCUCUUCUAAAGAAGGCGGCUGGGGACGCCGCUAAGAAUGCCGCAGUCGAGCAAGCUAAACAACAAAAGGCGGCCGGUGAAGCUGCUGCUCAAAAGAAGAAGGACGAAGAAGUGGCUGCCCAGAAGAAGGUGGAAGAAGCCGCCGCUCAAAAGGCCGUGGGGGAAGCCGCGGCGAAGAAGAAGGCGGCGGAGCAAGCCGCUGAGAAGGCCGCAGUCGAGCAAGCUGCACAACAGAAGGCGGUCGACGAAGCUGCUGCUCAGAAGAAGACGGAAGAAGAAGCCGCGGCGAAGAAAAAGGUGGAAGAAGCUGCCGCUCGGAAGGCCACUGGGGAAGCCUUAGCGAAGAAGAUGGCGGGAGAAGAAGCCGCCGCGAAGGAAAAGGCGGCCAAAGCCGCCGCUGAAAAACAAGCAGCCGAGGAAGCCGCAGCGAAAAAAGCAGCCGAAGAAGCAGCCGCGCGACAGAAAGCUGAACAAGCAGCCGCAGAGAAGAAAGCGGCCGAGGAAGCCGCCAAGAAGAAAGCGGAGGAGGAAGCGGAGGCAAAGAAGAAGGCCGAGGAGGCAGCAGCCCAGAAGAAGGAAGCCGAGGAGAAGGCGGCGAGGAUGAAAGUAGAGGAGGAAGCGAAGAAGAAACAGGUCGAGGAGGCGAAGGAAACAGCCAAGGACGCGAUGAAGAUCCCCGUCGGUACGACAGCCGAAAACACCAAAGUUGUCGCGGCGCUCAACCUGGUUGGGAAGUGCGCCAAUGGGUACUCGUGGAAGCGGGUCGAAGGGGGUUUCCUCUGCGCAGGCCGUGGGCAUUACGUGGCAGAUGCGCAAUUGACUGCGCCCUGA